AUGGCCCGGGCUGCUUCGGAUGAAAAGUGCUUGGCCGCGGCUCUGGAAGCGUGCGCGACCGUGAGAUCACGUUUUCGCCGUGAAUUGCCGUGGCUUCAGUGGCCGAUCCCCGGCAGGGAAGCCAAGCCAGGGCCAGCAUCGUCGUCCAAGGAUCCUCACUUUCCCUGCACAAGAGCAUUGGAAUUGAAUGCUGCAGUGCUCCACAAGAUGCUAGAUGUUUUCACGGGUGAGUUCGUGGACAUUGCUUACCUGACUGGACAGGAUCCUCAGGUGGCUGAGUUGUUCAGGCGCGUGGAAGCCAUCCGCGCAAACAUCGCGGCACAGGAGAUGGAAGUGCAGGGUGAUGCGGCCGAUGAGGCCGAUCUUUAUGAAGAUGAUGUGAUGGAGGGUGAUGAUGGUGAAGAGGCCGAUGGAAUGGAAGAGGAAGAGGCGGCCGAAGGAGAGGCCGAUGUGGACGAAGAGGCGGCCGAGGGAGAGGCCCAUGGAAUGGAAGCCCACGAAGAGGCUGCCGAAGGAGGGGCCGAUGGAGUGGAAGCCCACGAAGCUGGGCACGAGAAUCCGGUGCACCGGUAUCGCUCCAAGCGCUCGCUCGAGACCGUCAGCGAGCUGGCAUCCCCGACAGCCUCAGCCGCCCCCUCUGAGUUCUCCAUCCCCCCUGAGAUGUCCGAGGAGCAGAAGGAGGAGUUGGCUAAGAUUCUUGAGCAAAUCAACCGGCUGACCCUCGAGUCCUUCGAUCUGAUGGUCCAGUCAGUGCCCUGCAAGGUAGACAUGCCGAGCAAGGUGGCAGUGACAGUCACGCCCGCUAUGCAGCGGGAGAAGGCGGCGGACAAGAGGAUGAAGGGCCGCCGCGGUCCUGGCAAGCGGGGCCCAAAGGCCAAGAGGGUGCGCGCAGCCGCGGACUCCGGUGCCCGAAGCAGCACGGAUACGGUGGAUGUGGGCACCCGCGUGAGCAUCAAGAAGGGCAAGGCCAAGGGCAAGGCGAAGAAGGUGAAGCCGGCAGCUGCAGCGAGCGGCGAGGUGGACGAGCCGACUGAGCCGAAAGAGGAGCCGGUGCCGGCCCAUGAUGCCGAGGCAGUGGAGCCCCGCCGCCGCAGGGGCCGGAAGGCCAAGGUGCCCGAGGGCGAGAGCGCUGAUCACGAUGUGCAGCAGCACAUCUGGUUGUCGGACACAAGGUGGGUGUACCAGAUCCUGUCGAACCAGAAGUUCGGAUGUGGCGGAUGCCGUUUCCUUUGGUUUGGCUGCAAGAGCUGCCAAAAGGAGACUUUCAGGGGCCGCAAUUGCAAUCAGAUGAAGAAGGACCCAACGUACAUUGCGGCUCUGGCUGCAGCGACCGGUGAUGCUCCCGAGGAGGCUGCUGAGGCGGUUGAUGAAGCCGCGGUGGCCCCCGAGCCGGCCCGUGCGAAGAGGGCCAAGAAGGCCAAGAAGUGA